UCACACAGUAAUGUCUGUAUGAGUAGUCGUUAUGGUCGCGGCAGGGCAGCACCACGGGGUGAUCGCUACUAUCAGGAUAAGAGAUCACAUUAUAAUGACGACCGCGCCUCCUCCCAAAGGUCCCAGCAGGACGAGAGACCGCCGUAUGAUGAGCGGCCUCCGCGACGUGGUGGGAGAGAUUCCAGUAGAGGAAACAGGAGAGAGGAGACCCCGCCGAGGAGACGGCGUGAGCGGCGCGGCAGCUCCACUCACCACCACACCAGUCACCACGCUAACAGCGGAGAUGCUAACGCGCAGAUCAACCAGAUCAUACGCAAGUUAGAGCGGGAUGAUAGGAGGGAGCGGACUAGACUCGCUGUUCAAAUACAAGAGUUUGCACAAGAGCCCGCCAACAGACAAGUGUUGGAAGCACAGUGUGUUACACUGCUUAAUCUCCUGGAUCCUAUGAUUGAGGACGCAGUGGAGAGGGAGAAUGAUUACAACCUUCCUCGAACCAUCGCCAGUAUAGGACUGGGACUAGGAUCAAAGUGUAACGAGUUAAUUAACUGGCUAACUAACCGACUGAUGUCUGCGGACAACACACCAGAAGUUACGGGCUUUCUCCUCAACAUCACCAAACAUCUCUCUGAUAAAAAGGGAUCCCUUAGCACAGGAGUGUUACCGCUGAUAGACACUCUGAUCCAGCUGCUGGAGAGGUUCGCUAACCCUCAGAUGAUAAUAAUCCUACUUGAUGCUCUAGUCCCCCUAACUCAGGCCUACUCCAGAUUCUUUACUCCUCACUUCACUAACAUCAUAGAUGUAUUGAUAGGGUGGCACAUAGAGUCUGACACUAACGUGGACCUACAGAAAAGUAUUUCCAAAGCUUUUCUCUCCUUCAAAGCGUUUUGGCUCAGUGAUAUCUCCUACCCUCUCUCCCUGAUCAUGCAGUUUGUUGGCGACGCACAGAAACAGCAACACGAAGUGUGCAACAGUCCUUCAAUAGACAAGGAAGCAGUCCAGCAGUUCGUCUCAUUGAUCAAGGUGUUCACUGCUCUGUUAUCAUCUCUAGAAGAGGUGACGUCAGUAUCCCCGAAUGUACCAGAUUUCCUAAGUAAGCUAGUAAAUCAGAUAAUAGACAGUUCCUCACAGUUACUGUGUGUUCACGCCUCCUACGAGGUGGUGUCAGUUAUUGCUAAAGCUACCCACAUUGUCACAAAGUGUCUGCCAGCCCACUUUGGACACAUCUGUGAUCAGCUGGUAUGUUUCCUGAUAGACUGCAUUAGUCCGCUAGACUGUACUCCCGCUCCAGAUAGCACUAUAUUGGACUGUCUACACGCUAUUCUACAUAUUACCGAUAACGACAGUUCUUGGCUGGGAGCCAGCAUCCUAACCUCAAUGUUAGCCUCCUCCUCGCCUCUGGUGUCCCUGAGGAAUUCAAAGAAUGAACAGAUCCUGGCGGUUUUGUUCAAGAUAUUCCAGUCCCUUCUUCAGCUUCACAACUUCAAGCUGUUGGAUAUUGUGUACCAGUUCAUUGUUCAGGAUCUUCAUAUUGCUAUUGAGAAAAUACUGAAGUGUGUAGAGGAGAAAACAGACCUAAAAGAAGCAGAGAUACUAGCUAGCGCAAACCUGGCGCUGCUCACAGAGAUGGCGGGAAGCAAGACGCAUGGUUUUAGUACCUGGGCCUUAAACCCCACCAUCUUCGACCUCGUUACCUCGGUACACUCGCCCCACAACUGGAUACUAGCUAAGCACUGUCCCAGUGUUCACUACGCUAUACUUAACGUUCUGCACGCAGAGUGUAAACGUCAUGGUUACUUCCUUCCGGGAGCAGGGACCUCGGAAGUAGUUCAACUACAACCCCACAACACAUCACAACAACUGUGUAGAGUACUGAAGUUACUGGCUCUCCUCCUUCCCCACUCUUCUCUUUCUUUUGAUAGCAGAUAUUUCUGUCUGCUGUGGGUAAAGCGACUAGUAGAGAUAAUGAAGAAGGCGGGAGAAUGUUCGGAGAGCAUGAAGUUUUGCCAUUCUGAGCUGCAGGAACUCUCUCUUGCUCUGGUCAGGAUAGCUGAUGAUCCUGAGAGAGAUAUUCGGUUGGAGGUGGCAGGAUGUCUGAGAUUACUGCUUCUAGCUCAACUACUAACAAAUAACACUCAAGUACAUUGUCUAGCUGUUUCCAUCCUUCACAUGGGAGAUGUAGACGGGGCUACACGGGGGGCGUUUGUGGGCGUGCUAGAAGCACUCGCUCCGCAACUGUUGCUAGGAUACGAGAUAGACAGGUUGAAUAUGGACAAGUUCGCUAUGAGACCUCUACUUCAUUCCAGACAUCUGCUCCAGUUCAACACAGAGGUGAGUCUGGUAACGAGUAACCAGUUUACAAUACUGAUGAGACUGAUCCUGCUGAACCAGAUCCCCGGCAAGUUUAUACACGACGACUGGUUAGAGAGACUGUUCUACGGGUGCAACACUUCACAACACUCCAAGUUUACUUUUAUCAACGGUUCCACUUCUCCGUGCGACAGUUCUCUUUGGUUCUGGUUUAUGUGGCACAUGUCGCUCUACGCUGUCAACAGUCGACUGAAGACUCCUCUCGGGAAAGCAACGGAGACUUUCGAAUGUAUCGAGGGAAUACUGCACGAACUGCUGGAGGACGGGGCAGUAACGGAGGACACAAACGCACGUGGCAUUAUCUCCGGCAUUGGGAGUCAGUGUUAUGUUUCCCUGCUGAGGAGUAACCUACUGCUACAUUUUAUUAAUAACUUGGAGAAACUCAUUUACAACGCUUACGAGGGUACAGUGCACAGUAUACAAGGCUGUAACAAAGCAGUGAAGAACUUCUUUGUGUUGAACAGGUCAACAUGUGAAGAGUGGUUUAGUAGAAUAAGACCUGCUAUAGCAGAGGUAUGCAGCAACACUGGAAUGUACGCGGAGAGUUGGCGCCACGCGCUCCACAUCCAGCCCUCCACCUCCGCGUUACUGUUGUCAGUGCGCGCAGCACUGAACAUGCACGCGCCCGGCUAUAUCCGGGGUUUGAAGUGUAUUUAUAGUGAGCACGAUGGGUUGCUUAAUGCUGCUGAGCUGCAGGCAAGUGGAAGAUACGAGGAAGCUAGUGAAGUCUACAAAGCUACAAUAGACACAGUCAGUAACAGCGAAGAGAAGCAGUUCAUUGCUCUGCAGGCCCUCGAGUGUUAUCUUGCACUGAACGACUGGGACGAAACUCUGUCAUGGUCACAGAUGCACAGUAACGAAAUAUACACUGAUAAAACUCCCUAUGAUAACAAUUACUUGCAUGCUUUGCAUGCCUUUGAUUUGGGAGAUUUUAAUGGCACAGCAAGACACCUGGAAGGGGUGCCUGGAGCCAACAUAAACAGCAUCACAGAGGAGCUGUCCAGAAAGGGUGGUGUUCGUGUAAACCACUUAACCUUGGAGCUAGAUGUUCCGGCUCUGGCGGAUCCUGCUAAGUUACUGUACCUAAGUCAGCUACAACUCCUUAGAGUAUGCGGGCUCUAUCACAAUGGUGGUGAUCUACAGCUGGUUGGAAUGGACCUCAGAAGUGAAACUGGAAGUUACAGUGACGACAUGGACCGACCAGAGAGUGCACUUGAGAAGGGUCCGGAGUUUAUUUUCCGUAAACUGCUUCGCCAAGCUUCUUCGUUAGUCGAGGUGGGAGUACGUAUAGCAGGUAUAGAUCUGCCAGUCAUGAUGCCCGGAAGAACUGCAGUCCAGCUGCAAUGUGUGUCAGCUCUACAUCAGCUCUUGCUAUGUGACACUGUUAAGGCUCCUACUGGGGUCCCUCUUAAUCUUACCAACGAGGAGGUAUAUCUUGAUAGGAAUGUGCACGAGGUGGGAUCCUGGAUGUAUCUGCACCGUUACGCGCACCAUCUCUACCAGUAUUUUGAGCCUUGUCAUGAGAAUAGUAAGAACAUGCUCUCCUCUCCAAUGGUACUUAAUUUGGGAGUGUCCGUUUCUAAACUCGCAAGAAAACAGGGUAACAUGAGGUUAGCACAGAGGCUGCUGAUAAAUGAGCUGACGUGGCACUUUUCCGGAGUCCACCCCUCCCGCCCCCCUCUCACUACCAACAUUGUCUACAUCUCUGAUAACACAGUUCACGAGGGACCUGACAUGGUGCUACGCUCCUCCGCCCACACGACCCUCUCCAAAUCUCUGGCUCAGUACAUCCCAGUCGACCUACUGCCACUGCACUCCCAAAGUGCUAAAGUGCUAUAUCAGUGUGGCAGUCAGACGGAGGCUAUUGAAGCGCUCAGUGCUGCGGUGCUGUACAGACAGCGCAACCCUGCUACCGUCAGGAACAACCGUAAUAAUGAGGGUUCUAUGAAGUGUGUAUUGACUCUUGGUAAAUGGUUAUCUCAAGACAGUACCCUGGGUCUCAUGGCAAUGUCUAACGGGCCCUGCCUCCAGUCACUGCUUGAGAUAGAAGAGAGAGUUACAGCUAAUUCUGGUAUCAGACUUAGAGACGGGGUGGCUGUAUCUGAGGUAGAAUAUCUGGAGGGAAGGUUGCUACGUUACGUAGCUGAAGAAGCUUGUGACAUGGCUAAUGCAUGGCAUGCCUUGGGAACUUGGGCCUACGACAUCAGCAAGAAGUCUCUAGAUCAGAUACAGCUUGCUAGAGUUGAGACGAUGUUGCCGGAAGAGAAGUUAGUGGUAGAAGAGCUUGCUGGUAACCACUGUGAUCCUGUAUGGAACCUUAUACUAGGAGCGGUGAUGCGGCAGAGCUGUGACGGACUAAACGAGCGUAUAUCCACUACAGCCCCCGAUCUCCCUAAAGACACUGUGUCCCAACUAUGCGAUGUGUAUAUUCGUGUCAGCAGCAGACUUUACCACAAUUAUAGAAUAGCGGUAAAGAGUUACUGCAGAUACCUGCAUCUAUCAGCGGGUGAAAGAGACUGCAACACCAGAGUGGACAAAGUGGACAAGACCACCCACAGGGAACUGCAGACCACUCUGAGAUUAAUGAAACUCAUGACGUCACAUGACGUUGCUUUACACGAUCUGAUAGAGGAUAUAUCCCGGACUCCGGCAUUACAAUGGUACAAAGUUACCCCUCAGUUACUGUCACGUAUAGGACACAGCAACCCUAGCGUCAGAAACGCCCUGCUGACUAUCCUGUGUAGUGUAGCUAGACAGUAUCCUCACAAACUGGUGUACAAUUGUGUAGAGAAAUGCUCUCCCUCUUCCCUCAUCGAUAACGAACAAAACAAGAGUGACCUAGCGGAUAUGAUAGAGGGUAUAGAUCUGGAGGAGGAAGAUGAAGUGUGUAACGGGGAUAUUGAGCCUGAAAAGAACGCUGAAAAUGAGCACUCCGAUCUGUUUGACUCGGGUUAUCAGAUGAUAUACAACACGUUACUACAGCACAGUGAGGAUAUUGUAACUGAUGUUCAGAUAAUAGUUCACGAGUUACGGAGGAUUAACCUACUAAGAGCUGAGUUAUGGGCCGGGGUACUCGGUCACAGAUACACUGAUAUUACCAGAAAGUUUAACCAGCUAGCUAUUGAGAUAAAGCGAGUUAACUCAAACCUGACCUUAUCUGCUGAAGAGAAGCAUAACAUAGCCGCUGCCAAACAACAGGCGCUGCUGAAACCCCUUGUGGUGAUGUUGAAACGGGUUAUAAAGAUAACGAAUCAGCCGGGCGAAACUAAGUAUGAAGUUGACUUCCAGAACAAGUUUGGUGACAAGAUACACAAAGCCAUGGAAAACUUAGAAACUUGUGUCGACUUGAAGAAUCCUACAAGGUGCUGGAGUAAGUUUGAAGAACUUCACCACGAACUUCAGGAUUACAUUAAAGGGAACCUGAUGCACACCCUCAAUGACAUCUCCCCCCGUUUAGCGCAACUAACUCGGCUCAGUACUCCACUUCCAGGGACUAGUCACGAUUACCGAGCCAGUGGGCACGUGACUAUAGAGUCAUUCCACAAGGAAGUUCACGUGCUUCCGACCAAGACUAAACCUAAGAAGAUAGGAAUUCUAGGGAGUGAUGGGAGAAAGUACACGUACCUGUUCAAAGGGCUAGAAGACCUGCGUCUUGACGAGCGAGUUAUGCAGCUACUAGGGGUGUGUAACGUGAUGUUCAGCAGCCGGGGAUGUAGCCAGUACUCAGUUACUCAGUACAGUGUUACCCCGCUCGGUCCUAGAUCUGGUUUGAUCCAGUGGGUCAGCUCAGGAUCUCCUCUCUUCUCACUCUACAAAAGGUGGCAACAAAGAGAAUCUCUGAAGAACAAUCCAGACCAACCUCCUGCUGUUCUCAACUGCUCCGAGAUAUUCCACUCCAAGGUACACGCAGUGAUGAGUAAGCAGAACCUGAACGAGAAGCUACCCAGAUCAGAGUGGCCCUCAGAAGUGUUGUUAGAGGUUCUGAAGCAGCUCACUACUGAAACACCUUCGGAUCUUCUCUCCAAGGAACUGUGGUGUUCGAGCACGUCCCCAACUCACUGGUGGAACACAGUUCAAAGAUUCACACACUCGUCAGCUGCUAUGAGUAUCAUUGGUUUUGUUAUAGGCCUGGGAGACAGACAUCUGGAUAAUAUCUUGGUUGAUUUCCAGAAGGGAGACAUAGUCCACAUUGACUACAACGUGUGUUUCGAGAAAGGGCGGGGGCUGCGUGUGCCUGAGAGGGUGCCUUGUAGACUCACCUCUAACAUUACACAGGCUUUCGGGCCUGCUGGAGUUGAGGGAACGUUCAGGAUAGCAUGUGAGACUAUAAUGUCAGUUAUGAGGUCUAACAGGGAAGUGAUACUGGCACUACUGGACGCUUUUGUGUACGAUCCUCUCAUAGAGUGGACAAGUGCUAAUGAUGAGGGUGUAUUUGCUGAAGUAGUAAAGGACGCUAACAGCGCUAGUAGGAAGGAACUAGAAAUGAACUCACUCUACUCUCUCUUAUCUUGUAGAGUUGUUGAAAUGAACGUUCCUCUGAAGAACAACAAGCUAGCUUUCAUAGGAGCAAUGGACGCCAUCUCCAAGUCUCUGCACAGUUUCUCGGAGGUUCUAGCAAAGUUCGCCCCACAAGAGGUAGCCACGGGUAACAUUAUUGAUAGACAGAGACUUCUGUGUGAUGUUAAGAGUGAUUCUGAACAUUCGCUCUGGCAACUACAGGAGAGGUACGAAGCUCAGGCAGCCCACAACUCCUCUCACGCGGCCCUAAACGGUAAACUGGUCACUGCAGCUGACAUGUACAAAACACAGCAGAACAAGUUCAGGGCUAUACUGGAGUUUAUUGAGGGUAACGUGCUGGACACUCUGAUCACGAGACUAAGCAACAUGUCCCAGCCCAGCUCAUCUCCCUCCUACCUCCCCGCCCUGGACUUCCUCACUACUUCCGGACAAACUGAACUCGUCAGCCAGACCGAGCAGAUUGAUGCGGACAUCAACGCUUCUCUUGCUUCGCGUCGGGCCGCUACAAUCACCUCAGUACGAGCCCUCAAACCGUACGGCUCCAUAGUGUCCUUCUUCCAGCGACACUUCGUCAACCAGCAUCCUGGUUCUUUCUGGGCGGACUGGUUGGAGCGAGUGACUCUGCAACCCUCCGCGCUGCACUGUGAUGAUAUCUGCGCGCAGUGCGAGAUUGCGGCUCUUAAGAUCAGGACGGUUCCAAGCGAGAACUCGCACAAGGUUGAGGAACACAUCCAGGAACAUUCCAACACUCUGAAGAUCAGACUACACAACUGUAUCGAACAGCAGACCAAGAUACCAGGAACACCUAAUUUGUCAGCAUUAGAAGCUGCACUGUUGGAGGAGGACACUGUUUCUGUUACAUCUGCCAUUACAGCCAGUCUUAUCGAAAUCACAGAAACAUGGGUAACCAUGGAAACGAGCGUUAACGAGUCCUCAGCCAGUCUUGGUUCACUGAACACAGUAACUGGACAGUGGUUCUUGGACGAGUUUGUUAGCUCCAGUAAACUAGCCGCCGCUCAGACUGUUAUCCCAGUGGUAUUGAAAGUUAUGAAGCUUUUGAAAGCCCUGAUCCUCUUCUACCUCACCUACGGGGAGGUUACCUGCUCUACCAAACCACAGAUCAGGAAUUUGGAGGAGUGCAGUUAUACUGUGGAAUGUGAUGUAUUGCUUGCGGAGGAAAAUACGCGUGGUUGUAAUGACAUGAGGAAGAUUGGUUCUGUAAAAAUAACUACACUAGGUAUUGAACAGGAGCUCUGUGAACAGAGAAGGGUAGAUGAGGAAAAGGAGAAAGCUCACAUUUGGAAUGUUAUCUUGCUAACAAAUGGGGUUACAUCAUUAUUCAUUAUCCAUGUGAAAGUAGUGUUAGAAAUAGCAAUGUACGGUGUGAUUGACAAGUAUGGGGGUGUGUCAUGA